ACACAAUUCCUCACUAGUAUUCUGUUCAAACUCGAAAAGCAGCAACACCACCAACACGUCUGGCAAGAGAACCCGAUGUUCUUUGCAUCAGAGGCCAAGACAUAAAGCUCCCAAAGCAUCCCAAUUUCCCUCCUCUUUAUUUCACCCGAGGCUUUAACAAAAGAGCAAAGCAUAAUCCAUUCCUUAGCCCAGUGCCGCCGACUGCCUGCCGUGGCCGCCGCCCAUUCAUCAGUCCCUUCCAACUAGUUGCAAGAACAAAUGCGAACGAUGCAGAUACCCACCCACCUCACCUGACCGAUCGCAAAAGGCCGGCGGGCAUCGCUGAAGAACCCAGCCAUGUCGUCGUCGUCGUCGUCAGGUCCGGCGAGAGGGAGCAGCGCUAGCGCGGGCGAGAGCCUCCGGAACUCGUGCAACGACUUCGCCCGGACCCUGGCGCGGCUGCCGGCGAGUAUCAUGGAGGGGCUGUCGAGGUCCAUCCCGCGCCGCGGCGCCACGAGGAGGAGCAGCGGCCACCCCUCGGCACUUCCCCAUCACCUGCGGCCACCGCAGCAGCAACAGCUUCCGCUGCCUCCGUUCGUCCCCGAGGAGCUCUUGUUCUUCAGCGUGUUCGAGCAGCAGUACGGCGGCCACCACCCGUUCUUCUACGGGUGCCGCUUCGCCGACGCGCUGCGGGCCGCGCGGAGGGAGGGCAAGCUCGUCUUCGUGUACCUCCACGACCCGGGCCACCCUUACACGGAGCCCUUCUGCCGGAGGACGCUCUGCGCCGACGUCGUGGUGGAGUUCCUCGACGCCAACUUCGUGUCCUGGGGCGCCGUCACCGGCACCGGGGAGGGCCCCGGCAUGGUGGCCUCGCUGCAGCCAGGCAGUUUCCCGUUCUGCGCCGUCGUUGCUCCCGUCUCCGACGAAAGCAUCGCGGUCCUGCAACAGGUGGAGGGGCCAGUCUCACCAUCAGAGCUGGUGGAGAUCUUGCAGCGCACCAUCGACGAGCAGGGCGCGGCUUUCGGAUCCUCCAGGCCUGUCGAGCAAGCUGCAGCUCCCAGAUCCUCCAGAUUGGCUGAGGAAGAAGAGAGGAGGUGGAGAUCGGCGCAGCGGCUACGACAAGAACAGGACGUUGCUUACAUGGAGUCCCUUCGGAAGGACCAGGAGAAAGAAAGAUCCCGAAAGAGUCAGCAAGAGGGAGCUUCCAUUGCCAGGCCGAGAGCAGGUAACGAGCUUCGCCCAAGACGUGCAGGCCAGGCACCAAGAGAACCUACCAAGACGACGACUCAGAUCAGAGCAUCCCCUCACAAGGAAACUGCUCCUUCACACAGAACUGAACCAAACACCAAGAUCAUGGUAAGAUUUCCCAACGGUGAGAGAAGGCAGCAGAGCUUCCAUCACACGGACACCAUCAGAGAGGUCUACAGGUAUGUGGACUCCCAGAACAUACCAGGAAUUGGAAGCUAUCAGCUCGUGCGAAGCUACCCGAGGAAGACCUACGGUCAGCAGCAGCUGGGGAUGACUCUAGGAGAUGCAGGUUUCUAUCCGAGUGUGACAUUGUACAUUGAGCAGCUCCAGUGAUUAUACAUACAUGAUGUAAUUGUGAAACCGACAUAAACUUCAAGCAAAUGAUGCAAUGAGUAUAUCUGGAGAUGUGUGCCAGAAAUUUAGACAAAUGUCUGUGUA